AUGGAUUCAAAUCAUGGAGAGGAAGCCGAACAAAGAACUCCUGGCUCAUCUGCUCAGAUAUCAAUCUUGGAAGACAAUGAGGGACAAGUAAUGUUUGAGGAUGAGAACGUGGAAGUUUCCUCUGAUUCUUUGGAAAAGGUAAAGAAAGACAACAUUUCGCUGGUUUCCGAACAUCUCCUGAGAAAGGAUUCCACUGAUUCCAACUUCAGUUAUGAGAAGUCAAGCAGUGAAUCGGAUGAGUUGGACAAGUUGCGUGAAAGAUUUGAUGCCAUGAUCCAGAAUAGAAUCAUCAAUGUCUUUGCAGUUACUGAUGAGACCACGACUGGUGAUUCUGAUGAUGAUGAUGAUGAUGACAAUGACGAGAAAGAAAGCAAAAGUGUUGAAGAAACAGCGGAAAAGGAAGAGGAGGCGACGGUGGAAGGGGAGCAUACAGAAGAGGAAGUGCAGGUCAAGAAGGAUGAGGAGGUGGACUUACUACCGGUAACUAACGACGGGCCAGUUACUGAUUCUGCUCUUGAUUCUGCUUCUGUUGUCAGUGAACACGAAAUUAUUCAACCAUCAAGUGAAGCUGAGAAACAGAUACCACACGCACUCUCUUUAUUCCGGAGGAUCGCUAGGGAGGUGUGGCUCAUGUGCCGAAUCUGCAUGAGGUUCCGUGUAGGUUCUAGCUACUUCAUGGAGAACUUGAAGACCGACACAGGCUACGAGGGCGAGUCGGACGAAGAGGAUAAAGAAGAAGAAUCUGCAAUCAGCUUUGACGUAAACUAUUUCAAGCCAAAUAAGAAUAGAUUGGCUUACAAAAUGGUCAAGAUCGCCAAGAAACAUCCUGAGUGGAGAACACGUGAGGAAUUGGAGUCGCUAUGCAGUGUUCUGAGAUCUUUGAUAUCCAUCAGACACUGUAGCAAACCCUAUCAACUUGUGCUGGCAAAAGUGAUGAGAUAUGAACGCUAUAGGAGGAGGAGGAUUGUACUAAAGAGAGGUCACUAUCCACAAUGCUGCUAUUUUGUAUUCUCUGGUGGAAUCUCCUUUACUCUGGACGUGGAUGGGAGCUCGGCAUUUGAAAAUGAGCAGUCUCCUCACUUGCAAAAGGGCGGCAGAUUUGGAGUUAUUCCUCUCUUGAAAAACCGAAGAAGACAGUACACGGCAGUCUGCAUGGAGGAGACUGAGCUGAUGGUUGUGGAUAAAGAAGAUUUCUAUGCCUACAAACUGAAUGAACCACUACAACAAGAGUCUGUCUUUCGAUUUCAAUUUUUCAGAUCACUGGAGCUUCUAAGUUCAGUGUCUGACCAACACAUUGAGAUAUUGUGUGAUAGUUCGUCAACAGAGGAGUUCCUUUAUGGUCAAGUUAUUCCCCACGAUGGGCACACCAUUAUUUUUGUAAUAAGUGGUCAUUUCAUUGUCCUACGGCUUGUGGAUCUAACAAAAUGUAGCAGUUACCACAAGUGGAUUCAUCAGGAGUUGCCAUGUCUGAAAAAGAUCAUGUCCUUUGUCUCACCAGAGGCUGCAGACACAGAAAACCAUAAGGGAUUCACCGACAAAAAAUCCUCUUCGACCAGGGAAGCAGGAAAAGGAAGAUCAGAAUUUCCUAAAAUAGUGAAAGAUCGCAACGCCGCCGGAGCAGGCAGGCGCUUAACUAUAGCUGAAUCAGGGAUUGCUGAAGCCUCGCAACCUUCAAGCCGGAGAGCAGGUUUUCCUUUUAUGUUCAGGGGGUUGUUGGGGGAGAAAGAAUCUCAGAGAAAAUAUUCUACAAAGUUGGUUUCCUCCCCCUACGGAGAAGUCCCUCUGGGCCUGGCAGUGGCUAUCUUCAUGAGGAUAGAUACAAUUCAGCCAACAGAAGUUUAUGGAUUAAAUCAAUAUAUGGUACCUGAAUCCCAAAAAGACCAUCGUUCCCUAAAGAUCAAAAGUCAGGGAGUAGUGAUCACCAGGAUGGGAAAGGAAACACUUGCUGCGGUGGCAGAUGAGGAAACAAUGGAAAAAGUGGAAAAAAUGCAGUCUUUUUACCCUCGUGACGAAAAGCUCUGUGAGUAUUUUCUGGAAAAGAAUUCCUGGAAAAUCUUCAAAAAGGACUUAGUUGCCCACCUCGCCAAGAAGUCUCACCAGCACAUCUCACAGCCCAAGUGCUCCUGGAAGAAGCAGGAAGAGACUGUGUACGACGUCGACAAAACUGGCAUCCUCAACCUCCCCGCUAUCGCUAAGCAGCCAGUCACUGCCUUCUUGAAGCCUUCCUAUUACAUAGCGUCGGUAAAGAGCGAAUUAGAAGACUCCAGUCAUGAGGUGCCCGAACUCCGCCUUAUUCACGGCAUCGCAAUGACCCGCCCGCCCUUGAAGCGUCUGUAAAAGUCACCAUUUCCGAUCCCUCUCAGUGUCACUACUAGUUGGUCAUUUGCUACAAUUUCUGUGACUCACUAGAGGAAAUUGUGAAAGGAUUUUUGCCUCUCUUUGAUUUGAGGUUCUCUUCUCUCCACUCCUCACACACACACACACACACACACACACAAACAUUUACACAUUUGGGCUCUUAAUUUGCCCUCAUCCCCAGCCACAUUCUCACUCAAACCCCC